ACUAUUUCCAAGGACCCAAGUGAUACGUUGACUUUUUCAACUGGCUGUCCCAGAUGCCCGUCGGCUCCCGACGGAGGCCGCCGCCGUCGCACCACCGUCGCGCCAUGACACCCGCCUCCGUCUCCGCCCCCGCCCCCGGCGCCGCCGCCGCUCCCACAAAGCCGCUCUACCUCCGCGGUCCGGUCAUCGCGGGCGCCGCCGCGCUGGCCGCGUUCCUCCUCCUCGCCGCCGCCUACGCCACCAGGCGAGCCGGUUCCCCACCGACCGCCCUCCUCGCUCACCCAGCUGUUGCCACCAGGUUCUUCUCCUUCGACCUGGUCCGCGAGUACCCUCACGACCCGGACGCCUUCACCCAGGGUCUCUUAUACGCGGAAAAUGACACUCUUUUCGAGUCCACUGGCCUCUACCACAGGUCUUCAGUCCGAAAGGUUGAUCUUCAGACGGGAAAGGUUUUGGUUAAUCACCAAAUGGACGGACAAAUGUUUGGAGAAGGUUUAACUCUUCUCGGCCACAGAUUGUUUCAGGUUACCUGGUUGAAGAACGACGGGUUUAUAUAUGAUCAACAUAACUUCUCCAAACGCACGAGUUUUACCCAUAAAAUGCGAGAUGGUUGGGGUUUGGCGACUGAUGGAAAAGUUCUUUUUGGCAGUGAUGGCACUUCAAUGCUGUAUAAGCUGGAUCCAAAGUCACUUGAAGUCAUGAAAGUGGUGACUGUCAAGUAUCACGGUGAUGAAGUCCCCUACCUUAAUGAGCUGGAGUAUGUAGAUGGUGAAGUCUGGGCAAAUGUCUGGCAGACAGAUUGCAUAGCUAGAGUGUCCCCUGAAGAUGGCCUAGUGGUGGGCUGGAUCUUUCUUCAUGAGCUGAGGCGGCAGUUGUGGAACUCAGGCAAUACGAAUAUUGAUGUCUUAAACGGGAUAGCUUGGGAUGAAAGAAACCACAGAUUAUUUGUGACAGGGAAACUGUGGCCAAAGCUCUAUGAGAUCAAGCUACGGGCAGUAGAUGGUCCAGCAGAUGGAUCUGUAGAAAAACUUUGUCCAAAAGCCAGCUUCUAUCGCUGAAGAGUGUACCACGGCAUAUAUACUGGGGCGUGCUAACAUGGGCCUUAAUUUGUCUAACCGCAUGAUGCGAAGAAUGUGGAGAUGUGAGUACAUGCAUGUUUGAUUUGGUACCAGUCUCUCAUAUACCCAUGAGUUAGUACUGGUUGGGAUAGUUGUAGGAUUUUUUUAAAAAAAAUGAAUAUUUCUUAUAGCUGUAAAUUGUUGUAACUUGUAUGAAUUUUGAUGAUGGUUGUGUUGGUUGCAAGGUGCAAUUUCAAGAAAUUUAGUGUUGUUGGGAAGAGAAUAGUAUUACCUGUAUGUAGCACAGGCCAAAGAAGAGUGCUUAUAUCACUUGUUUGCUGUGAUAUUUGAAAUGAAGGAAAUGGGAUCUUCUCAUCAUCUUUCAGUAUAAACACUGCUGUUUUGGAUGAAGAGGUACUUUAGGUGAAGUAGGAAUUGAUGUACAUAUUGUAGAGGGGCGCUGCUGCACUUGAUGAUGUAGAUCCAGUUGUGUU